GAAGCUCGAAGCAGAGCUCUCUCUUAAAAUCCCUAAGCUCCGAAAGGAAAAUAGAGCGAAAUCGCAUUUUACUUCCGCAAUUCUAUCUGUCAAAAUCCCCAAGCUCUGAAAGGAAAACAAAUCGAAAUCACGUUUAACUUCUGCAAUUCGAUCCUUUACAAUACUUAGAAACGUCGAUUCUGUCCUCCACACAAGCAAUCUCCUCGCCGAUUUCAGGUAAUAUUGGAGAGGGUAGAGCAUUUUUCUCAGUCAGUUUCUGUAUACAAAGAUCAAAUAUUUCAAAAAAGAGCUCGUAUUCAGCAGUGAUUUUAUUGUGAGUAGGCGACUCAUGAGCACCUACAAUGACUGGUAUUCCAAAUUCCGAACUCAACCUGCUGCAGUCAGCAUUUUGGAUAUUUUUGUUGAAUAUGGGACUGAGGGAAGCAUUGUACUGCUCCAAGCCUGCUUAGAUCAAGUGAAAUUUCAGAGCGAAGACUUUCAGUCAAAGCCAGAUCUUCUAUCAGCUAUCUUUAGAUACUUUUUGGGUAGACCAAAUUUCGCCACAGUUUUCUGUGAAGCACUGAGAAGUAAAGUGAUGAGUGAAGGAUUUCUAGAAGGUCUCUCCAAGCAAUUGCAUUUGUCUACACCCGAGAAAAUUGUUGUUGGUCUUGCUCUGUCAGAUUCAGGAAAUACAGAUUUUAGAAUCAGAGAUGAACAAUCUAAUUUUGCAGAAUUGCUUUCCUUGGAAACAGAAGAUGAAGAGAAAAGACAUUAAAGAAAUAUUCAAGAUCAUCCACUAUUCUUCGGAAUCACAUUUGGGCUGUUGGCUGAGAUAAUAAAUUCAGGG